AUGGCCCUCGUCAACGUCGACACCUCUUUGCAGGUGCCUCCUCAAGACCCUGUCGAAAAAACUCCCGAUGUGAUUGUCACCCCUUGCGAUCCAUGGCCUGCGCCGUAUUAUAUGGAACGGGGAUUGCGUCGUGUUCGUCCGUAUCAUUACACUUAUAACACGAACUGCAAGGAGAGAUGGCGGGGUAAAAGGUUGGAGGAUAUUUUUACGUCUGAGUUCCGUGACCGGGCACCGGAUUACUAUAGGGCCGCACUCGAUAACGGCUUGAUCUGCGUCAACGGCAAGCCCGCCGGCCGAGAUACUAUCAUCAAGAACGGCCAGGUUGUCUCGCAUACCACCCACCGCCACGAACCUGCCGUGACCAGCGCUCCGAUCGGUAUUAUCCACGAAGACGAUGAUCUAAUUGUCAUUGACAAGCCGGCCGGUGUGCCCGUCCACGCUGCGGGUCGAUACCACUACAAUUCCGUCGUUGAGAUUCUCCGCGCCGAGCGAGGCCAUGGCUGGGUUCCUAGACCGUGCAAUCGGCUGGACCGACUCACCUCAGGACUGAUGUUUAUUGGAAAACAUCCCAAGGGCGCGGAGAAAAUGGCCGGUGCCUUGAUGGCGCGAACCGUGCAGAAGGAGUACGUCGCUCGCGUCAAGGGCAAGUUCCCCGACGGCGUGGUGGUCUGCGACCAGCCCAUUAUGCAAGUGAGUCCGAAGCUGGGUCUCAAUCGUGUGCGCGCUACAGGCAAGUCUGCCACGACAAAGUUCCGUCGUCUCGCCUAUUAUCCUCCUCAGGCGGCGGUUGCAUCUGCAGAGCAGCACGAUGCCCAUGGCGAUCGCGCGGAGACUCCUCCGCCCGUUCUCGCCAAUGAGGAUGAGGGGUACAGUAUUGUUCACUGUUUCCCCUUGACUGGCCGCACGCACCAGAUCCGAGUGCACCUCCAGUUCUUGGGUCAUCCGAUCACCAACGACCCUAUCUACUCCAACCGUCGCGUCUUCGGACCAGAGCUCGGCCGUAACGAAACAAGUGGUGACCGUGACGAUGAAAUCAUGGAGCGACUCCAUCGCAUGGGCAAGACUGAAGUUGCCGACACAGUCUCAUACCGCACUCAUUUGACCGCUGCGCCGAAUGUGCCCCCAGGCACCGACCCCGCCAUUCUGGCAGAGAUCAUGUCCCGAGAGCAACAAGCCGCCUCGGACGAGUACGAGAAGCGCAAGGGCGAGCGUCUAUCCGGCAAAUUCUGCGACGUCUGCGGAACAGAGUUAUAUACCGACCCCGGUCCCCACGAGCUCGGUAUCUUCCUACACGCCGUGGCCUACACCGAUCGUAACGGUAACUGGGGGUACCGCAGUCCAAUGCCCUCUUGGGGUCUCCCACCUCCUGGAUCGGAGGGGCCUCGUGAGGUUCCCGACUGGGCUCCUGUUCCCGAAAGUGAAGAGAUUGUGUUUGGUCACGGUACUGUUCCUCCGGAGAUUGGUGUUGAUGAUGAAAAUGAGCCGGCCAAGCCCAUGUCUAGUACGGUGCUUUUGACGGGUGUGGGGAUGGUGGACUUUUCGGACCCGAGGCAUGGUUUGAAUGGUGAUAUUCCCCAGUCGAAGGAGACGGAGACACAACCUGCUUCAAACCCUUGA